CACAACCGAUAGUGGCGUUAGCUGCAUGUAUGCAUAGAAUAAACUGGAAGAUUAUGUUGUUAUAAUGUAGAUAACAGUUUCUUUGUUAAUUGGGAAAAAUAAUGUCUUCAUUUGAAUAUUUAAAGGAGUUUGUUAACGAGCGACUAGCUGCUGCUGUUGAAGAAAUAUUCAGUGUUUUUGAAAAAACUAUUUCCGAGUACGAGGAAGAGAUCGACCGUCAGCGCAGACUGUUGAAUAUCGUUUGGAAACCAGAAAUAAAGUUACACAGGAUAACACCAGAGCUCCCACAGCAACAUGUCUGUAAGGAGGAGGAGGAGAGGAACUCCAGUCUGGACCAAGAGGACACAGAUCCUCCACAGAUUAAAGAGGAACCGGAGGAACUCAGCACCAGUCAGCAGGGAGAGCAGCUUGUAGUGAAACAGGAGACUGACCCCUGUUUGUUCACUCCUACUUCUGAGCAAAGUGACCACAGUGAAGAUCAGUUUUUUAAUCCAGCGAGAAGUCAAAGUGAAGCAGAGACAGAGCUUCCAGCUAGCAUGUGUAUCAGUUGGCUGAAAGACAAAUCAGCCUGUGAAGCAUAUGAACCAAACAGUGACCACCAACUUAUCACUUACAACUCUCACGCCGCUGAAAGCCAAACUCACGCUGGAGGCAAGCAAGGAGGCCCGGAAUCGACCAGAAACGCAGGGAAAAAACAAAAGAAAAGACAUCACAAUAGCUUUAUUCACACUAACAAUUUAUGUGAACCUACUAUGUCAACAAUUCACUGUAAUGCUCCCACAGAUAAAAAGUCUUUAGAGUGUGACACAUGUGGGAAAGCUUUUAAGUAUCAGUCAAAAUUGCAGAGACACCAGAGAAUCCAUUCAGGUGAGAAGCCAUAUUCUUGCAGCAUCUGUGGAAAAGGAUUCAGUGUGAUAACAGUGCUGACAACUCAUAUGAGAAUGCACACGGGUGAGAAGCCGUUUCUUUGCAAAACCUGCGGGAAAAGUUUCUGUGAAAUGUCGGUAUUAAAACGCCACAUCAGAAUCCACACAGGUGAGAGACCGUACACUUGUACAACAUGCGGGAGAGCUUUCAGACGUAAUGGUGACUUGGUAGUCCACAUGAGAAUGCACUCAGGCGAGAAGCCGUACACUUGCAACACGUGUGGGAAAGAUUUCAGAUCGAGCAGUAACUUGAGAUGCCACCUGAAGACUCACACAGAGGAAAAGCUGCAGUUUCACUGCAGCACAGACGUUUCAGGUGGAGUUGGAUCCAUUCGGAUGAUCAGCUAUAUACCUGAAAAACAUGUUGAAGAGGUUUCAUUACAGUAGAAAUAUUUAUAAAGUUUUGUAAAGGGGAUAUCUUUUAAUUGAUACAUUGCAUUAUGUUUGAGCAACAGCAUUUCUUAAAACAGUCUUUAAUUUCUCGAGGAUCUUUGUUUCACAGCAAGUGGCUGUGCAACUAAUGUGUGUUGUUUUUGGAUGAGCUUAUUUGCCAAAUUUCAUAAAUGGUUGUAUGUCAAAAGGUCAGCAUACUGUGGUUUUUGUCAGUAUUUUCAGUUUUUAUCUGUUCAAAAGUCUGCUUCCUCUCAUAUUGUCACCUGUUCCUUCUGUCUGCCGAGCAAGUAGUGAUGCACAGGUCGACCUGCAGGUGGGUCAAAAAGUGACAAAGUAGAGUU